CUAGCCAACAUCACAUGAGCAGAUUGGAAAUUAGAUUUUUUUCCAUUCCGUUGGAUGGGAGCCGUUUCGCAGCAGCUGACCCAGCUAAGCAUUAGUGGUGGUGGUGGUGGUGGUGGUGGUGGUGGUGUUAAUAAUAAGGACGACGCUGCUGGCCACGGCGCCGUGGUGGAGGAGAUCAACGGCCUCAUCAGGCUCUACAAGGAUGGCCACGUGGAACGCCUCCCUGCCGUAGCUGAUGUCCCAUGCACGUGGACCCCCCAGCCCGGCGUGGUCAGCCAAGACGUCUCCCUCGCCCCCUCCGCCGCCCUCUGGGCUCGCCUCCACCUCCCCGCGCACCCCCUGCAGACCCGCGGCCGCCUCCUCCCCCUUCUCGUCUACUUCCACGGCGGCGGAUUCUGCGUCGGCUCGCCCGCCUGGCGCUGCUACCACGAGUUCCUCGCGCGCCUCGCCGCGCACGCCGCCUGCGCCGUCCUCUCCGUCAGCUACCGCCUCGCGCCCGAGCAUCGCCUCCCCGCCGCCUUCCAGGACGGCCUCUCCGCCCUGCGCUGGGUGCGGCAGCAAGCGGCGCCCUCCCUACGGGAGGACCCUGCUGGCUCGUGGCGCGCCCGCUGCGACUUCGGCCGCGUGUUCCUCGGCGGCGACAGCGCGGGCGCCGCCAUCGCCUACCGCGUGGCGGCGGCCGGGGGGAUGGAUCCGGCGGCGCCCCGGUCGGCCUUCUGCCUCAGGGGCGUCAUCCUCAUCCAGCCCUUCUUCGGCGGGGUGGAGCGGACGUCGUCGGAGAAGAACCAGCCAGCGCCGAAGGCGUCGUCGGCACUGACCCCGUCCACCUCGGACUGCUACUGGCGGAUGGCGCUGCCUGCGGGGGCGGACCGUGACCACCCCUGGUGCAAUCCCCUGCCGAAGAAGGCACCGCCGGCGGAGGUCCAGCGGCUUCCACCUCUGCUCGUCUGCGUCUCCGAUUUGGACAUAUUGAGGGACAGAAACCUGGAUCUGUGCAAAGCCCUGCGUUAUUCCGGCGAGAGCGUGGAGGAGAAGACGUACGCCGACGUCGGCCACGCCUUCCAAGUCCUGCACAACUACCCAAUGUCGCAAAACCGGACGAUCGACAUGUUAGCCGACAUCAAAGCCUUCAUUAGCUCUAGAUAAUAUUAACUAAUUGUUUAUUUUGAUGAAUUACAUACACUACAAAUAGCAUCUUUAAUUUCAACUAGUUGCUUCAGUAAAAAAAUCUUCGAGUAAAUUCAUGAAAAUUCAGAGAUGUGUCCGAAUUCGUAGAAUUCACAUCCAUCGAAAAGGCGUUCGGUUCUCAAGAGCAAAAAAGCUAAGGCGGCUCGACGUUGACCUGAUUUUCCUCUCCCGGUGUGAAACAUGGCGAUCGCUCAGGCAUCUGAGCCUGAAGUCAUGCAACAAAGUUAAGUUGCCGACGCAGUUGGUACGAUAUUAGUUGUAACAAAUUUUAGAUUAAUUCUUAUUGGGUCUGAUCUCCCCCCAAAAGGAUUUGUGUGCAUGGAUAAAUGUUCCUUUAA